AUGAAAUCUAAUCUACGAUUCAUAUUAGACAAGUUAGACCUUGCCAGAGUAAAUGCAUUUAAAAAUAUAGUCACUUAUAAAAACAGAGAUUUUAAUUUACCGAACGAAAUUCCUGAAAAUGUGGCGCUUAGAAAGCCCACUAAACAAAGCUCAACGGCACAGUCUGACUUUCCUUCAUUUAAAGCAGUUGAUGGCUUAACACAUACAAUUUCACAUACGGACCUUAAUGCAUCACCAUAUUUGUGGGUUGAUCUGGAAAUCAUUUACAACAUUAUUCGGAUUGAAAUUAUAAACAGAGCAGAUUAUGGCAAUAGACUACAUGAUCUUGAUAUAACCAUUGGACCAGGCCUUGAUCAUAUGUCGAUGUGUGCGCAUUUCAUUGGACCCGGUAAUGAUGGAGAGUAUUUGGUAUUUCAGUGCAGAGAGUGGUAUAAAGACGGUCGUUUUGUCAAAAUGACUAUCAUCAAAGGCCCGGAAUAUUUACAGUUAGCAGAGGUUAAGGUUUUCGGUUAUCCGACAUUCGAAUAAAUCGA